UUAACGUAUUUUCAGGAUUGUUCUACCCAAGACCUUUGCUUCGUUUCCCUGUUGACAGCAGGAGACUGUUAAGCGCAACAGGGGGUAUCCCCCUCUACGAGGCCAUUUCCUUGUCUUGUCUUGUACCAGCUGAGUCGCAAACAUGGUGUUGGCCGACUUGGGCAGAAAGAUAACCUCGGCGCUGAGGUCUCUUAGCAAUGCCACCAUAAUCAACGAGGAGGUUCUAAAUGCUAUGUUAAAAGAUGUAUGUGCUGCUUUACUGGAAGCUGAUGUAAACAUCAGGCUAGUUAAGACGCUCAGAGAAAAUGUCAAAGCUGCCAUCGACCUGGAGGAAAUGGCCUCUGGUUUGAACAAGAGACGAAUGAUUCAGCAUGCCGUUUUUAAAGAGCUUGUUAAGCUUGUGGAUCCUGGAGUCAAGGCCUGGACACCAACAAAGGGAAAAAACAACGUCAUCAUGUUUGUAGGCCUUCAGGGCAGUGGGAAAACUACAACAUGUUCAAAGCUGGCAUAUUACUACCAAAGAAAAGGAUGGAAAACAUGUCUGAUCUGUGCCGACACAUUCAGAGCAGGUGCCUUUGACCAGUUGAAGCAGAAUGCUACAAAAGCCAGAAUUCCUUUCUAUGGGAGCUACACAGAGAUGGAUCCAGUUGUCAUAGCUGCUGAGGGUGUCGAGAAAUUCAAGGUUGAGAACUUUGAAAUCAUCAUUGUAGACACAAGCGGCCGACAUAAACAGGAGGACUCUCUCUUUGAGGAGAUGUUGCAAGUCGCCAAUGCUGUGCAACCGGAUAAUAUUGUGUACGUGAUGGAUGCCUCCAUCGGUCAGGCUUGCGAGGCCCAAGCCAAAGCUUUCAAAGAUAAGGUAGAUGUGGCAUCUGUGAUUGUGACAAAGUUGGACGGUCAUGCCAAAGGAGGUGGUGCGCUUAGUGCUGUGGCAGCUACGAAGAGUCCCAUCAUUUUCAUUGGAACUGGAGAGCAUAUUGAUGACUUGGAACCUUUCAAAACGCAACCUUUUAUCAGUAAACUUUUGGGUAUGGGAGACAUUGAGGGUUUGAUAGACAAAGUGAAUGAGCUGAAGCUGGAUGACAAUGAAGAGCUCAUUGACAAACUUAAACACGGUCAGUUUACCCUUAGAGACAUGUAUGAACAGUUCCAGAACAUCAUGAAGAUGGGUCCCUUUGGACAGAUUAUGGGCAUGAUUCCAGGAUUUGGAACUGAUUUCAUGAGCAAAGGUAAUGAGCAAGAGUCCAUGGCCAGGUUAAAGAAGCUGAUGACCAUCAUGGACAGCAUGAAUGACCAAGAGCUGGACAACAAAGAUGGUGCCAAGCUUUUCAGCAAACAGCCCAACAGAAUUCAGAGGGUUGCCCGUGGUGCAGGUGUAGCCACCAGAGAUGUUCAGGAGCUGCUCACCCAAUACACUAAGUUUGCCCAGAUGGUGAAAAAGAUGGGUGGCAUCAAAGGCUUGUUCAAAGGUGGUGAUAUGUCCAAGAAUGUCAACCCAUCACAGAUGGCAAAGUUGAACCAACAGAUGGCCAAGAUGAUGGAUCCCAGAGUUCUGCACCACAUGGGUGGUAUGGCAGGAUUGCAGUCCAUGAUGCGGCAGUUUCAGCAAGGUGCGGCUGGCAACAUGAAAGGAAUGAUGGGAUUCAACAACAUGUGAACCUCAGAGCCUUAAAUAAAGAUGUAAAAAUGAAAAUGAAGAUAUUUUCAUUUUAGAGAGUAAAGCGAGGGCAAGGCAGACGGACGCAUUUCUUUCUUUUUUUGUUCUUUGUUUGCCUCACGUAAUAUAAUUCAUAACUUGUAAAAAAAUAAUGCAGAGGCAUAUGUACUUGUAACAAAUGAAAAUUCUGUGAUUUUACAGUAAUUACAUUGGAAGACCAGUAGUCCAGAAAGCUAAGUAUAGUUGAUCAUGGUACAUCAGGGCAUCCUUUUGUUUGCAAACAGACAGCUUUCAUAAUUGUGUUUUGAGUCAGAACCCAUGGCAAAUUAUUAGUAUGUGGCAAGAUUUUUGUCAUAUGUUCUAAUAAAAUUUUAUGGCAAUAUUUUUAACCGUGA